GGCAAAUCCUCGUUGUUCUUGACGCCAAUUCAAAGGGAGAUUGAGGAUCCCAGUCCAGAGACGCUUUUUAGUUCAAUACACCUGGAGCCAGCUUAUUCCCUCAUCCAUCUCAAACACACUAAAAAAACACACACACCAACAAAUUGACCCUACAAAAAGAAGCCCGAUUUGGACAUCUGUGAUUUUCCACCAUGGGACUGUGUUCUCAUAAUGGAUUGUUAGUGAUGCUGCUGUUUCAUCUUUGCCAGGCACAAGAUGAUGCUCUCCCCUCUCCUGACCCUGAGCCGGCCCCACCAAGUCUGGGUGAAAUGAUUGAUGCAGUGAAGGCAGCAUUUGAGCAGGCGGUACAGAUUUCGACAACGGGUGCCGUACGUGAGGCCUUGGAGCAGGUUGUAGAUGAACUCGCGCCACAGAAGACUCAGGCAGAGCAGUCACCAGUGGUGGAGACUGCAGCAGAUUAUACAACAGAAGAAGCAGCUGAAGAGGAGGCAUUGGUGCUCCCUGCAGGAGAACCAGACAUCCUUAUGUCAGAAUCAAGUGAACAGACAUCAGAUCAACCAGCUCAAGAAGGACUGACUCAAGAUAUAGAACCUGCAGAGGAGAUUCAAGAACUGGCCAAGUCAUCAAUUUCAAAGCCAGAAGAGAAAUCGGAAAAGAAACCAGUGGAGCUGGACCUUGAGGCAGUAGAAUCAAUUUUGCAAGACCCUGACAUUGUUGAAAUGGGUGAACCAGUGACUGAGGAAAGCCAUUCAGAGGAAUCACCUGUCCAGUCAUAUCCUGACACACAAAAAGAAAACGAAUCAGGAAGAGGAGCUGUGGAAAUGAACAAGGGAAGCAAGGAGGCUGAAGAUGAAGAUGUAGAAGACCCAGAAAAGGGAUUCAUUGAAAAAGAGGCUCAGUUGUCUGAGUUGGAGGAAAAGACUGCAAAAGGGGAACUAGAGAACGUAGAGGUGACAAUAGAGGUUAAAAUACAUGGACCAGAAGAAGAAUACUCAGAUACAGAAUGGGCUACUGAAUCAGAGCAUAGUCAAGAGGAACGGCAGGCAGUAACAGCACAGAUGGGUACAGAUGGUGGUGUGGCUGAUAUGGAUGAAGUAGAACAGGAAGAGGAACAACAGGAAGUAGCAAAGACUCAAGAAGGUGUGAUUGAAGUCAAAGCAAGAAGAGAGGAGGUAGAUUCCGGAUCUGAGGCACAGCUCCAGAAAGUUUCAACACAGGAGGAGGUUCCUCCAUCCGCCAAAACAGUACCAGAGAAAACUCAACAGGAACCAGAGGUCGCUGUGGAUACCAAGGGACCAAUUGAGUUGCAGGAGACUGUUAUUACAAAUUCUAAAGCAACAGGCGGUAAAACAGAUUUUACAGGUAAAACACAUGAGGCCAGUGAUGUAAACGAGAUUAUCACCUCCAGGGACCCGAACAAGAACAAUCAGGGUGUACCGGUGUUGAUGAACACUGUUGAGGAGCUCCCACCAACACCAGUUCUCAAACUGAGGCUCGGAGAUACUGACGCACCAAUAGACUCUACACAGACCAAAGCCACAGUGCAGGAAGCAUGGAAGAUAGGAGCCAUAGCAGCAGCUUUCUUUCUCAUUCUGCAAACUGCUGUCACCAUUGUCUACAUUCUGAAGUGCAGGACGAAGCCAAAUAGCAGCAGUGUGGCCCCAAAGAAGAUCUGUGGUAGAGGAAAUGGAGGUAUAGAAGGUGACACAAACAACACAGAUACCACCGUUCCAAUCGAUGAACAAACCGCUAUAGAUGACCUUCCAGAGUACUCGCAGGUCCAGCAAGAGGACGUUGCUAUGACAACUAUCCCACUGGAUUCCAUAGAGAAGAAUUCAUCCUGUGACCCCAGAACCUCUGUUGUUUAACAUUGCUGACCUUAAGGAGUAUGAUUCUUAAUCAUACAAGUGUGUGUAUGUGACUGAGGGUCUGACUGUGUUAUGUGUGUGUGUGUGUGUGUGUGUGUGUGUAUGUGUGUGUGUGUGUGUCUAUAUGUGUAGUGAAUGGUCUGGUUAGCCUUGACACCAAAUGUCACUCCUGUGUUAUUCUUUGUACAGUAGAAUGACCGUUAUUUGUGAAAAAGCAGAGUCAUAUCAGUUUUUAGGUUGGUUUCACAGUUAAAAUAUUUAAAUAUUUGGGGGGAAAAAGAUAAAUGUACUUGAAAAGCAAAACAGCAUAAAAUAUUAAGACUUGUUUUCAUAGAAUAUGUUUAGAUUUUAGCUUUUAUUGAGUGUUUUCUUGUUUAAAACAUCUAACAUUUAACAUGGUUUAUGUUUAAAAUAAACAAAUAAACAAACUAUUUGCCCAUGGGGUAAGAGAAAUAAACAUAACUCAGUAUUUAUUUUGAGAAAAAUAAGUUUUAUUAUAUUACACAGUUUUGCUUCUCAAGUAU